UUUCUAGUCAUUAUUUUUGGUGAAAUGCUGUUUGAUACUCGUGUUGCUGUAUUCAGCUGGAAAGGAGCCACUGUUGAACUGAUCGGUCCCACUAACAGCGCUUAUGUCGCUGAACAGACUCCCAUGGUAAUUUAUCUGAAUACACACGCAGCACUUGAACAAUUGAGGCAACAUUCGGAGGAGCAAGGAGCUGUUGAGGGAACGGAAAAUCCGAAAGGCCCACGAAUAAUGCUUGUUGGACCGACUGAUGUGGGUAAAACAACGGUGUGCAGGAUUCUGUGUAAUUAUGCUGUGAGACAGGGCCGGUCCCCUGUUUUUAUCGAUCUCGACGUCGGCCAGGGUAGUAUUUCUGUACCCGGAACAAUCGGAGCCCUUUUCAUCAACAAAACGGCGGAUGUCGUUGAAGGAUUCGACCGUUCGAAGCCAUUGGUCUACAAUUUUGGUCAUAUAUCCCCCGGAGAAAAUCUGCCACUUUACGAUAUACUGGUAAAGGAACUGGCCGAUUCUGUUACCGCACGUUGUGCAACCCAUCCGGAAGCAAAUCUAGGAGGUCUCGUAAUUAACACCUGUGGUUGGGUCACUGGAGAAGGCUAUGCUUGCAUAGUAUCAGCUGCUGAAGCCUUCGAGGUUGACGUCGUCGUUGUUCUCGAUCACGAACGUCUUUACAAUGAGCUACAACGAGACUUGCCCACUUUUGUCAAGAUUCUUCAUCAACCAAAGUCUGGUGGGGUUGAAACACGCUCUCGUCAAUCACGAUUGGCAGCCCGUAGUGCUUCAAUACACAGGUACUUCUAUGGUGUACAUUCUAACCCAUACUUCCCGUUCACGUACGAAAUGAAUUUUGCUGACGUUAUUUUCUGCAAAAUUGGUACAGAGAAACUACCAGAAUCGUGUCUUCCCUUCGGCUCCAAGGUCGAAGACCAUCAAACGAAGGUUCGUUUAAUUCCAAGCACAGAUAUGGCUCACAGGAUGUUCGCAGUCACACCGUGCCCCACUGUAUCUCAAGCGGUGCUGAAAGCAAGCGUUCUGGGAUUUGUUGUAAUAACCGAGAAACGUCUUAGUGUGUUGUGCCCUCAAAGUUCGUUGACGCAUAAGGUGUUGGUUUGGACAGAUGUCACGUUUUUGGAUGAUCAACUAACUAGAGUUGCUGAAUAA